AUGUCUGAUGCUACUGACUCGAAGCUAAGUAGCAAUGAGUAUGCUUUUCCUAGAGGAGGAGCUACUGGAUUGACUCCGCUAGAAGUGAAGGAGAUUUCAAAUGAAGCAACCAAAGAUGUAUUGUUUGAGGUAGCGAGUCAGAAGAAGAGAACCAAGAAUACAACCGAUUCAGAAAAUCCUAAAAAGAAGCAACGCACUAGUAAAAAGAAAGGAUCAAAAUCGGAACUGUUAAAGGAUGGCGAUGAUGAGGACGAGAAGAAAACACAAAUUGAGUACUUGUCAUUUAAGAAUCUAGUUCCCGGGUCGUUUGUGUUUGGACAAAUUCAAGCGAUAAAUAAGUUAGAUAUUGUGUUGGCAUUGGGAAAUAACUUGGUUGGGUAUGUGCCAAUCACUGCGAUUAGCUCGCACGUUAUUGAUUUAAUCAAAAAGUAUGAGGAGGAAAGUGAAGAAGAAGAAGAAGACGAGGAAGACUAUGAUGACAACGGUACGCUCAUAAACUCAAAGCCUGAGAAGGUAUUUCCUGACUUGAAGUCUAUUUUCCAAAUUGGCUCAUGGUUGAAAGCAAAAGUAGUUGAAACUGAAACUUCAAACAAGAAGAGAAUAGAGAUGAGCAUUGAACCAGAAAUUGUUAAUGCUCACCUAGAAAAGGAAGACAUAGUUUCGGGAAACAUCUUGCUGUGUUCAGUCAAGUCCAUUGAAGAUCAUGGUUUGAUAUUGGAAAGUGGCAUUGAGGGUCUUUCUGCGUUUGUUUCAAACAAGGAGCUCAAAAAUGCAGAAAUAGAACCUAGUACUUGUGCACAAGGAUUGGUAUUCACCACAACAGUUGUAUCCAAGCCUUCGGGAAGAAUCAUUACUGUUAAGCCCGCUGUUCCAUCUACUACAAAAAAGCUUACUCCAAUCACCACAAUCUCAUCCGUUGAUGCCAUACAAGUUGGUGCUAUCGUAGACGCCCUCGUGAGUGAUGUAACUGACUCUGGUAUUGGCGCAAGAGUAUUUGGACUUGUUGAUGGUACGAUUAAUUUCUCCGAUGUUCAAAUCUUUAGUGUGGAGGAGUUGAAACACAAAUUUGCCAUUGGAAGCAAUGUCAAGGCUAGAAUCAUGGCAAUUUUGCAAAAAGGUGGUGUCCGGAAGUUAGUUCUUUCAUUGGUUCUGCACUCGUUGCAGAUGGGCGAUGGAACUUCAAGAACUGAAGCUCUUGAGGCUUUUCCCGUGGGGCAUGUUUUUGAUGUUGUGGAAGUGCUCGGUUCUGACCAAGAAUACAUUUUUGUUAAGCUUGGAUUAUCCACAUUCGGUCAAAUCCACAAUUCAAAUAUUGACGAUUCAAAAACAUUGAUUGACUACAGCGUCUCCAGUAAGCACAAAGCGAGAGUUAUUGCGUAUAACAUGGUUGACAAUUUGUACGUUUUGACAUUUAAACCUUCAACUAUUGAAGCACCUUAUUUGAGUGUAAGAGAUAUACCCGUUGGAACCCUUCUACCCAAUUGUGAAAUCACGAAAGUUUUGCCAGAUUCAGGAGGUAUUCAAGUCAAGCUUUUGGAUGAUUUCCAAGGAUUCAUUCCCUCAAAUCACAUGUCGGAUAUAAAACUAGUGUACCCUGAAAGGAAAUUUAGAAUUGGCUCUAAAGUUAAGGGUCGUCUUUUAUCCCACAAAGGGAAGACUCCAUUGGUCACGGUAAGAAAGUCGUUAGUAAAUUUAGAAGAUGAUGACAUACUCUCAAACUUUGAGGAUGCAAAGAUCGGCAUGAAGACAAACGCCACUGUUGAGAAAUUUGUCCAUGGAGGUGUUAUAGUAUCCUUUUUUGGAUCACUUCGUGCAUUCUUACCUAAAACUGAGAUCUCAGAAACUUUUGUCGAUGAUGCAUCCAAGUACUUGAAACUUGGCCAGGUGGUUAAUGUCAAGAUUUUAGAUAUCAACGAAGAUCAAAAGCGUUUGGUGGUAACUUUAAAACAAUCAAGUCAGUUGUCGACAUCACAAAAGACUGAGAUUGCUAACUUGAUUCCUGGAAUUUCUGUUGUUCAAGCUGUUGUCGUUGAAAAGAAGAAUGACUCGGUAUUGAUCGAGUUAGAAGGCUCGAAUCUUAGAGGAGUGGUUCACGAUGGUCAACUCAGUGAUGGAAACUAUGAACAAAAUAGAGCAUUAUUUAAAAAGACUGAGAUCAACUCUAAAUUGGAAGUUUUGAUUUUGGAGAAGGAUUUUAAAGCACGAACUGUUAUCGCCACUGCCAAAAAGUCUCUUAUUGAAGCAUCGAAAAGGAAACAAUUGCCCACCGAUUUCGAUGAUGUCCAACCAAAUAAAAUCAUUAAAGGUUACGUCAAGUCUGUCACAAAUCUAGGACUAUUUGUUUGUUUUACUGGGAGACUAACAGGGUUGAUUUUGGCCAAAUAUGUCUCCAAGACUGCCCAUGAAGAUUUGUCAAGAAGGUUUUACAAAUAUCAAUCCUUGGCAUGCCGCGUUUUGAGUGUUGAUACUGAGAAUAAGAGAUUCUUGUUGACUAUUGCCGAUAGUAACGAUACUGAGGGGGACAAUUUGACCAACCCAGUUGAUUCAACGAAAAAGACUGUCGAGGACUAUGCUCCUGGUGUUGUUACUAAAGCAAUUAUUAAGUCGGUUAAAGGUACUCAGUUGAAUGUUAGAUUAGCAGACAAUUUGAAUGGUCGAGUUGAUGUAACCCAGUGCUUCAAAUCCAUAAAAGAUAUUAAAAACUUGUCGCAACCAUUGUCUGGAUUUCACAAAGGUGACGAGCUCAAUGUGAAGGUUAUUGGUGUUCACGAUGCCAAGAAUCAUACAUUUCUACCAAUCACUCACAAUAAAGCCAAUAAGCAAACAAUUAUAGAGUUGUCCUUACAAGACGCAAAAGUUAAUAGAAAGCAUUUGAGUGCCUUGAAACUUGCUGAUGUGAAGAAAGGAGAUGAAUUGGUUGCAUUUGUAAAUAAUGUUGACCGUGGGUUUGUUUGGGUGUCGAUUACCCCCUCAAUAAAAGGACGUGUUUCAUUUAUGGAUUUAUCAGAUGAUGGUACCAUUUUCCAUAAUUUCGACAAUAGGUAUCCAAUUGGUGCUGCUGUGCAAGUUAAAGUUAAAGAAGUUGAUAAUGAGCAUCAAACUUUGGCUUUAACUUCGAGAGAACAUUAUAUUCGCAGUUUUGACGAUGUGAAGAAAGGUAAGACAUACCCAGCACGUAUUAUUAAAGUUAAGGACCUGUACGUGUUGGUAGAUCUUGGUGGGAAGGUGAUUGCUUCAUCUUUCAUCACCGAUGCAUUGAACAAUUAUUCGGAUAAAUUGGAUCAUGGAUUCCACGUCAAUGAGUACGUUGGGGCAAAAGUGUUGGACAUAGAUGCAGAUCAACAAAAGAUUUCUGUUAGUUUGAGGGAUGAAGAUAGCACUGACAGAACAAUCGACUCCUUUGAAGAUUUAUCUCGAGGUGAUAUUGUCAAAGGUUUUGUUAAGAAUGUGAGCACCAAUGGUGUUUAUGUUUCAUUGGGAAGAUCUGUCUUUGCGUUAGUGAGAGUUUCUGAUUUGAGUGAUUCGUACUUGAAAGAUUGGAAGAAGUUUUUCAAACCUAAUCAAUCAGUUACAGGUAAAAUCAUCAAUUGUAAAGAAGAAGGUAGAAUCUUAAUGACCUUGAAAGAAAGUGAAGUUAACGGAGAAUUGAAAACCAUGAAGACAUUUGAUGAUUUAGCUGUUGGUGAUAUAUUUGAAGGUCAUGUGACCAAGACUACUGAUUUUGGUGUAUUUGUCAAAUUGGAUGGAACUGUAAAUAUCAGCGGAUUGUGUCAUCAUUCAGAAAUUUCAGAAAAUGAUGUCAAAAACGUGAUGGCGUUGUUUGGAGAGGGGGAUCGUGUAAAGGUGAAGAUAUUGAAGAUUGAUCCUUCUAAGAAGCAAUUAUCUUUGGGAAUGAAAGCCUCCUACUUUGAUGAUACUCAUGAAGAGGUUGAUGAUGACGUUGAAAUGGAAAUUGCUGAGGAAGAUGAAGAGGAAGAUGACGAAACUAGUGGAGAGAGUGAAAAUGAAGAUGUAAUCAUUGAUGCUGAAGAAGAGAGUGACGACGAUGAUAACGAAGAGGAAGAAGAAGGAGAAGAAGCCGAAACAUCAACAACCGAAUCUAACGCUUUAUCCACAAACGGUUUCGAUUGGACAGCAUCCAUCCUAGAUCAAACUGAAGAUCAUGAUUCCUCCUCCGAUGAUGAAGAUUUCAUGAGUAAUUCAAAGAGUUCAAGGCCAAGGAAAUCUCGUAAACAAACUCGAGUUGAAGACAAGACCAUUGAUUUAAACACCCGCGCCCCACAAUCUGUUGCUGAUUUUGAGAGGUUAUUAAUUGGUAACCCAAACAGUUCUAUUUUGUGGAUGAAUUACAUGUCAUUUAAUCUACAAUUGAGUGAAGUUGAUAAAGCUAGACAAAUUGGUGAACGUGCUUUAGAAACUAUCAAUUAUCGUGAAGAACAAGAAAAAAUGAAUAUUUGGAUCGCUUUGCUAAACUUGGAAAAUACAUUUGGUACUGAUGAAAGUUUAGAUGCAGUAUUCAAAAAAGCAUGUCAAUAUAUGGAUUCAUUUAUAAUUCAUCAAAAAUUGGCAAGUAUUUUAAUAAUGAGUGAGAAAUAUGAUCAAGCACGUGAAUUGUUUAAAGCCAUGGGUAAGAAAUUUGGUCAAAAUGUUUUAACUUGGGUCUUGUAUGGAUCAUUUUUAUUGGAUCAAGAUUUAAAUAAUGAAGCUCGUCAAGUAUUAGCCAGAGCUUUACAAGUUUUACCUAAACGUGAUCAUAUUGAAGUUGUACGAAAGUUUGCUCAAUUAGAAUAUGCCAAGGGAGACGUUGAACAAGCAAGAUCGUUAUUUGAAGGAUUGGUUGCUGAUGCCCCGAAGAGAAUUGAUUUGUGGAAUGUGUACAUCGAUCAAGAAAUCAAGUAUGGUAAUGGUGGUGAUGGUGAUGAUGACAACAAGGAUUCUUCCAAUAAGCAACAAAUUGAAAGUUUGUUUGAAAGAGUGAUUGAAAAUAAAAAAGUAUCACGUAAACAGGCCAAGUUUUUCUUCAACAAGUGGUUGGCAUAUGAAGAAGGUCAAGGUGAUGAGAAGAUGGUUGGUAAAGUCAAAGCCAAAGCCAUUGAAUAUGUGCGUGAAAAUGAGUAG